GCAAGACCAGGAUCGCAUGCGCGUGCUCAUCCGUGUCGUCAGUGUCUGUUUCCUCCUCAGUGUAUGUAGUGCACAGUACGUCAACAGCACAAGCAAGCCUGUUGACACAAGCGCUGGAUACAAAUUUUCAUCUAACCAGGCAACGAACCCGUUCCUGAUUAUCAUAGGUGUAUGCGCGAUAGCAGUCAUCGCGGCAUUCUUGCUCUUGUGCGGCACAACUGCAUACGCUGACAUCAGGCGCCGGAAUGCAAUCAAUGGACCUGGCGGGGUGCAACAGCAACCAGCGGCUCAGCGGUCAGCGCCGACCGGAGUGCAGCCGCUGAGACCGGAGCCCUUCAUCCCUGUUGUUGUGGUGUCACCCAACAACGCAGUGGACAUCGCUCGGCGUGUCGGCGAUGUGGAUAAGAACGCGCUGCAGUCGCCGUUUGGGAAGUGGGAUCAGAAGCUCCAGUCCGAGCCUUCCUUUGGGAGAGGAAGGGUCAUGCCUUUGUGGUUGGAGUCAGUCCUGCAGCGGCAAAGAUCCACAGCGAGUGUGGAUGAUGUGGAGAUGCAAAGGGUGGAUUCAAGCGCAGCUGACAAGCCACACCCUCUGAGGAGAGGCAGCAGCAGAGCCCGAAGUUUUAGGAGACUGGGAUCAGGCUGCUUGGGGGGCCCAUCCGCCAGUGACAAUUCAGCAGAGGUGGCAUCUGGUGAUCAGGCCUCAUCAUCACAAGCCGCUUCCACAAAAGUGCUGCAGGAAAAGAAAGAACAGGGAGAAUGAUGCAUGCUGAUCAACAAUCAACUGUUGAAUUUAUGUAGUUGGAAUCUGGCGGCGAGGUAGAGCAGGCAUCUAGAGAUCUGCCAGUGUAUUGACCUCAUUCUGCCAAGAUGAUUGCAUCAAUGUUGUCCAUUUGAUCUUUGUGGUGUGACUUGUGCAUUUUCUGAGUCCUAUGUACCGCUUUUCAGUCAUGUAUCUUCAAGAGGCCAUGCCGACUCGCUAUUUAAGAUCUCGAUGAGGUUGUUUCAGCACACUACCUUUCCCGCAUGGGUCUGGAAUUCUUUGUGGGCUUCUACUAUGUGUCUUAGCCAUGCCAGCAUCUAUUUAAUGAGUAAGUGCCUCUGUUGUAAUUGGCCCACCGGGU